UACAACAGGCAGCCGCAGUUUCUUCCUUUUUUUUUUUUCAAGUUUCUAUUUUUGGUGCUGACUCACACACUCUUUAUCAUAACAGAGCCUUUUACAUCAUAUUGUUUUCAGUGCACCUGCAAGCGCGUUUAAAAUUGUUUUUUUUUUCUCCUCCCUCCCAUCUAUGUAUUAUUUAUUUAUCACCAACUAAUACAUUCUCGACACGCGUGUGCGUUAAUUUAUAACUAAGUAGUGCGACGAUUAAUGCUUAUAUGUUAGUGUGUCUACCUGAUACACCCAAUAGCAGCUGCUGCCAAGUUGUUUAGGGGGGAGUAUUUAACUUUGACGUUUAUUUUGUGUGCAUUGCAAAUCAGGUGGUGAUGAGUCCUUUGCAACAAGACAACUUGAUGGCUCUGUUAUCUAUGUCUGGCUUUAUCAUAGCUAGAUAGCUUUUAUCAGUACUUAUAUAUCUCCAAGUUGACUUUAUUAAACGUCAGUGUUGAUCAGAAACAUGACUGAUACUCCUAGAAUAGCUCCUUUUCCCCAAUCCAUGUCACUGCUCUCGUUGAGUAAGAGCAGUUUGUACAACAGACGCGUAACCAGUUCCAAGGACAACACGGCUAGCCGUGAACCACCAGAAAAUUUGGUAACUGAUAACGCACGUUCCUUUGAUUACGAGGAGUUGAAUUGGAAUGUGAUUGUUGACGAUCAUGAACCACCUAUUCCUGCUAGAAGUUACAAAAAUUACCAUGGAAGCGAUAAUAGAACUAAAAAUCAUGCUAACGAGCCUGCUGGAGUAAUCAAAAACAUAAGCUUCAACAUGUCACUGGAUCACAUGUUCUGCUCGAGAUGCCGAGAAGGCUUCGAGCCAAACGAGAAAAUAGUCAAUUCCAACGGAGAACUGUGGCACCCCUCGUGCUUCGUCUGUGCCCAGUGCUUCAGACCAUUUCCAGAUGGAACCUUCUACGAGUUCGAGGGAAGGAAGUACUGCGAGCACGACUUUCACGUUCUCUUUGCCCCUUGCUGUGGAAAGUGCGGGGAGUUCAUCAUUGGGAGAGUCAUCAAAGCCAUGAACGCCAACUGGCACCCGGGGUGCUUCAGGUGCGAGGAGUGCAACGGCGAAUUGGCCGAUGCUGGAUUCAUCAAGUGCCAAGGCAGAGCUCUCUGUCACGAGUGCAACGCCAGAGUCAAGGCCGGCGUGCUGGGAAAGCACAUCUGUUACCAGUGCCAUGGCGUCAUCGACGACAAACCGCUGCGGUUCCGCAACGAGGUCUACCAUCCUUACCACUUCAGUUGCACCACCUGCGGGGUCGAGCUCAACUCCGACGCGAGGGAAGUCCGCUCGAGAGCCGGAUACGCGGCCAACGAAUUGAACGAGCUGUAUUGCCUGAGGUGCCACGACAAGAUGGGCAUACCGAUCUGCGGAGCUUGUCGUCGACCGAUCGAGGAGCGGGUGGUCACUGCUCUUGGAAAACACUGGCACGUGGAGCAUUUCGUCUGCGCCAAGUGUGAAAGGCCCUUCUUGGGGCAUCGGCAUUACGAGAAAAAGGGCCUCGCCUACUGCGAGACUCACUACCACCAGUUGUUUGGGAAUCUUUGUUACGUGUGCAAUCAGGUCAUCGCUGGGGAUGUUUUCACCGCGUUGAACAAGGCCUGGUGCGUCCACCACUUUGCCUGUGCCUUCUGCGACCAAAAGAUGAACCAGAAGACGAAAUUUUUCGAAUUCGAUCUGCGGCCCGCUUGCAAAAAGUGUUACGACAAGUUCCCGACCGAGCUCAAGAAACGACUACGCCGCAUGCACGAUUUCACCUCCAAGAGGGCACCUACCACCACGACGGCAUCAUCAUGAAAGUAAAGGACGCGGCUCGACAUUUUUACAAUUUAAAGAUUUCUAUUGCCAUAUAGUGUGUAACAUAUUUACAUAUGAAUAACGUUUUUAAAUCAAUUUUUACAAUUUGUCGCGCGAGUAACAUACAAUCGCUUGUUUCGGUCAGAUUCAUCCGUCAAAAUAGUUUUUUUAACAAAAGUUUAGUAUAAUACAUAUACGUAACAUUGAGUGAGAGUGCGUGCUGUUUAAUAUUUGUGUUGUUGGCUUCCCCAACGUAUAAUUAUAAACUCACGACAACUUGAGCGUGAAAUAACUCUCUUGCUCGGUAAAUGAGUUUUGUUGUUGACAUAGUAAUAAAUAAUAAAGUGCUUUUACAGUAAUUAU